ACUUGAGAGAUUUAGUUUGGAUUUAUUUUUUCCAAACACAGAAUUCCUUCUGGUGAAGCAAGAUGGCGUUUAUUAAACAGGAGAGUGAAGACUUGAGGAUUGCAGAAGUAUUCAGCUUGAAACAUGAAGAGACUGAAGAACAAACAGAAUUGAUGGCAAUAAAAGAAGAGAAGCAAGAACUGAAAGAAACAGAAGAGAAAGAUCAAAUUGAGAAACAUGAUUUCUUGGCUGAAGAAAAAUCCAUACUGACUGAAACAAACUCUGUUCAGAAGACCACAUCUCCCAGUUACUUAACUUGCCAUGAAUGUGGAAAGUGUUUCACACACAAAAAAAACCUUAAUGCGCACAUGAAAAUUCACACUAGAGAGAAGCUGUUCACUUGUGAUCAGUGUGGAAAGUGUUUUACUAAAAAAGGAAAUCUUAAUAAUCAUCUAACCACUCACACUGGAGGGAAGCCGUUCAAUUGUGUUCAGUGUGGAAAGAGUUUCAGAUAUAAAGAAACACUUAAAACCCACAUGAGAGUUCACACUGGAGAAAAUCUGUUCACAUGCCAACACUGUGGAAAGAGUUUCACGCUAAAAGGAAACCUUAAUGAACACAUCAAAAUUCACACGGGAGAAAAGCCGUUCACAUGCCAACACUGUGGAGUGAGUUUCACUACAAAGGGAAACCUUAACGAACACAUCAAAACUCACACCAGAGAAAAGCCAUUCACAUGCCAACACUGUGGAAAGAGUUUCAAAGUAAAAGGAAGCCUUGAUGAACAUGUAAUCAUUCACACUGGAGAGAAGCCGUUCAUAUGUGAUCACUGUGGAAAGUGUUUCGCUAAAAAAAGAAAUCUUAAUAAACACGUAACCAUUCACACUGGAGGGGAGCCGUUCACUUGUGUUCAGUGUGGAAAGAGUUUCAGAUAUAAAAAAACACUUGAAUCCCACAUGAGAGUUCACACUGGAGGGAAGCCGUUCACUUGUGUUCAGUGUGGAAAGAGUUUCACUAAAAAAGGAAAUCUUAAUGAACACGUAACCAUUCACACUGGAGGGAAGCCGUUCACUUGUGUUCAGUGUGGAAAGAGUUUUAGAUAUAAAAAAACGCUUAAAUCCCACAUGAGAGUUCACACUGGAGAGAAGCUGUUCACAUGCCAACAUUGUGGAAAGAGUUUCACGUUAAAAGGAAACCUUAAUGAACACAUCAAAAUUCACACCGGAGAGAAGCUGUUCACAUGCCAACAUUGUGGAAAGAGUUUUGUUAAAAAAGGAGGCCUUGAUCAACACAUAAUCAUUCAUUCAGAGAAGCCAUUCCCAUGUGAUCAAUGCGGAAAUAGCUACAAAUAUGAAGAAAGCCUCAAGUUCCACAUUAGAGUUCACACUGGAGAAAAGAGAGAACAUUCAAGAGAGAAUGGUUUUAUUUGUGAUCAGUGUGGAGAGAGUUUCAGCUGUAAAGUGAGCCUCUACACUCAUGUGAGACUUCAUACUACAGAGAAGGCUUUCACCUGCAAACUGUGCGGGGAUAGCUUCUCACAAAAUGGAAAUCUUAAGUCACACAUGAGAAUUCACAGUGGAGAGAAGAAUUUAGUGUGUAAAGAGUUUCAGACAUAACCCUUGAUUCACACAUCAAAAGUCCUAAUAAUUGUAAACUCUGUAGGAUCAUAGAAACAUGUUAUUCACUACUAUAUGGUGAUGCGAUCUCUGUGAAAUGAAGGUGACAUUCACACUAAAGUUGAAUGUGGCCCAAAUCUGAUUGUCCACCUUCAUAACCAUUUGCAUUCUUUGUCUCUUUAUAACUUUUUUGGGACUUUUUGUUUUUAUCUUUAUAUCUUGUGUGAAUGAACUCCUGUGGCUGCACCUGACCACCUGCUUUGCUAUAGCUCAGUUCUACAUUUUUUGUGUUCUUUGUAUUUAUUUAUUUAUUUAUUUAUUUAUUUUAUUACACAUUUAAGAACUGAGUUAUACCAAUUAACUACAUGUAGUUAAUAUAUGGUUAGGGUUUGGUUUAGGAUUGCUUGCAUGUAAUCUUGCAUAAUUUACUGUUAUUAUAUUAGUGAGAAUAUGUAACAAGGACACCUUGAAGUGUUACCUUUUUUGUCCCAAGGUCCACCUUUGUGAUUAUGAAAUUCAUUUUUGAAACUUUGCAGGUUUUUAUAUUCUCACACAGCAUUAUUGCACUCUGAAAUCUUAGAUCUGAAAAAGCAUACAUCUUAUUGACUUCUGUCUUUCUGAGACAUGCUGCAAUGUAAAUGAAAGAUUUUAAAUAAACAGGAUGUGAGUAA